AGAGAGAGAGAGAGAGAGAGAGAGAGAGAGAGAGAGAGAGAGAGAGAGAGAGAGAGAGAGAGAGAGAGAGAGAUGGAGGCGCAGGUGGUUGCAGGUGCAGUGCGAAUGGAAUCGGCAUGGGCUACCGGAAUUGUUGUAGGGCAGGAGGGUGAGGGAAGACGGGGUAGAAAUGGAUGUUGUUGUUCCGCUCAAGCGGCUUCUUCGUCGUUGUCGAUGUCUUUGUGCCACUCUAGCAGGCUACAGCGGCGCUCAGGAUCUCUGAGAUUUUCAUGCCACGGGUCGUCUGACUCAGGGUGCUCUCACAGGUGGGAGAGUGCGCAUGUCAGCUACGGCAGAAGCCGGCAGUCGUCACCGCUCUCGCGGUCUGAUCCGUGGGGCUGUGGGUCAAGAUGGGUAUCCAAAUCGCAGAUUUGUGGCUGUUUUUCCUUACGAGUCAGGAGGAAAAUGGAGGGCAAGGUGAGGGAGGGAGUGGUUCGCUGCGCCCUGGCGGAUGCAGUCGUCCUCAGACAUGUUGGGGAGGAGGUGAUUCUGCAGAAAAUUGCCGAGGAGUUCAGCCGAUGUGAAGAUAACAAGGACAAGAUGAGGCUCCUUCUGCACUACGCAGAGCGGUUGCCCCGGCUUGACAAGGAGGACUGCAUUCCUGAGAAUCAAGUUAUGGGAUGCACUGCACGCGUCUGGGUAACUGCUAGAUUGGAUGAUGAAGGGUGGGUCUGGUUUAGCGGCGACAGCGAUGCUGAGUUGUCGCGUGGCCUUUGUGCUGUCCUUGUUCAAGGACUGAGUGGAUUGACUCCAGAGGCCAUACUCGAUGUAAGGGAAGAAACACUCACGUCCAUGCAUCUUUCUCCCAUCGCCACCCGAUCUAGGAUCAAUGGCUUCUACAACAUGCUGAAGAUGAUGCAGAAGAGAGCAGGGGAGUUAGCUCUUCUGCGAGACGGUUUGACUCCGGUGGCCCCCUUCCCAUCCAUACUAAUCUCGGCGAAUGGCGAGCUCCAACCGCGCGGGGAUUUCGCGCAGUCCCAGGCGCGCUUCUUGUCUCCCGACCCACAUGCUGUGGACACCUUAGUGUCUCUGAUUUCCUCGAAGAAGAUCGGAGUCGUCGCCCACUUCUACAUGGACCCUGAGGUGCAAGGCGUGCUCGCCGCCGCACGUAGUCGUUGGCCGCACAUAUUGAUCUCCGACUCCCUAGUCAUGGCGGACGGAGCGGUGAAGAUGGCUGAAGCAGGAUGCACCACCAUAGCUGUGCUUGGGGUGGACUUCAUGUCAGAGAACGUGCGUGCCAUUCUUGACCAGGCUGGUUUUUCGCAUGUGGGAGUCUAUCGCAUGUCCAACCUGGAGAUUGGCUGCUCCCUUGCGACCGCAGCGCAAGGGCCCAGUUAUGUCCAGUUUCUUGACGAGGCCUCUAAAACCCCCAAUUCUCUGCAUGUCAUCUACAUCAACACGUCCCUUGAGACAAAGGCAGAGGCACAGCUCAAGGUUCCUACCAUCACAUGCACAUCUUCAAAUGUUGUGCAGACGAUUCUUCAGGCAUCGGCACAAGUACCGGAAGUGUCCGUAUGGUACGGACCUGACACGUACAUGGGCGCGAACCUUGCAUUUGUUCUUCGCGAAAUGGCGAACCUUUCAGACGAAGAGAUUGCAGCAAUCCAUCCUGCUCAUAACAGGGAAAGCAUCGGCGCUCUCUUGACCCGUUUCCACUAUUUUCAGGAUGGCGCUUGCAUUGUUCACGAUAUAUUUGGGAGUGAGGUGGUUAAGCGCGUCAAGGCAGGCUAUAGUGAUGCGUAUCAGACCGCGCACUUCGAGGUACCCGGGGAGAUGUUUGCAUUGGCUAUGGAAGCCAAGCGUCGUCAGAUGGGGGUGGUCGGAUCGACGUCCAAUAUCCUGUCUUUCAUUGCGGAUAAGACCCAAGAGGCCAUAGCCCGAGGCCAUGAUCAGCGCCUUCAAUUCGUCCUGGGGACCGAAUCGGGCAUGAUAACAUCAAUUGUCGGCAAAGUGCGCGAGAUCUUGAAAAGCAACAUGGAGGCGGCCGGUGCGCGGGGACCACCACCACAGGUGGAUGUGGAGAUUGUGUUUCCCGUGUCCUCAGACGCCAUAACUGCAUCGUCCGAAGCGACUGGCGGAAAUCUUUCGUCUCCAUCUUUGUCAGCGCCUGCUGCAGGUCAGGGGCUGGACCAGCUGAAAGGUGCAGUAAAGCCUGCAAGUGGGGUCCUUGGAGAGCUGGGUGUUGUGCCAGGGGUGCAAGGUGGAGAGGGGUGCUCCAUUUCAGGAGGCUGUGCCUCCUGCCCAUACAUGAAGAUGAACUCUCUUAAUGCAUUGCUGCGCGUCUGCCAGUGGAUUGGGACGGACUCAGAGGUGAUGCUGUCAGCAUACAAACCCCGACUUGUAAGGGAUCAAGUUGGGGGAAGGUCAUUGGUCGAUCUCGGCUGUACGCCUAUUCUCCACAUGCGACACUUCCAGAAAACGGGGAGCUUUGCGGACGAUUUUGUCGAUGACAUCAGGGCAAGGAAGUACUUGUCUUCUUGAGCAAGAAGAAGAAGAUUGGCUGUCGGUCCGGUGGAACCAAAACAACUCUGCCACGAAGAUUUGCAUUCGGCGUCAGAAAAAGACGCUAAACGUGUCCAACGAGUGAAACAAUGUCUGCCCAGGAGCCAGAGGAGAACUUGUGUCACGUAGCGGCUUUUGUGACUCUCGGAGAAAAUCUCUGUAAGAAAGAAGUUAUUGAGAAAAGAGAUCGGCUAUGCGAUGAAGCCCAAACUUCGCCCGAGGAGAGAGAGUGCGGCAUUUGCGAAAACGAUGGACUCCUGGCUAUCCGACGAAAAGCCCAAACUUCCCCCGAGGAGAGAUUGGGUUGCAGCCCUGCGGGGCAUCAUUUGCUGCAACAACGACGACUCCAAGAAGUUUGAAGACGACUUGCCGAGUGUUUCUUUCUGAGAGACGUUUUUUUUUUUUUUUUUUUUUAAAAGAAAGAAAAGUGAUUGUAUCGAGCAAGGAGGCUUGUCGGGUGCUGUUGUUUGUUUGGUGACACCUUGGGUGAAAUUUAAGCGGAGGAAGGCGUGAGAGGGAACUUGCGCGUUUUUUCUUCUUCUUCUCAAAAAAGCGAUGUCUCUCAGAAAAGUUAUCGACUCUUCAGCUUGCCAAGAGUUGACUUUUUUUACAUAAGUUUGACUAAAGAGAGUUGACUUUUGUACUAGACUUCAGUCUGACUAAAGGGACUUGCAUGCGGAGCGCCACGGACAAAGAUGACUAUCGCUGUUAUGUGAGAAGAGAAGACUGAGCUUCGAUUCGAAAUUCGAACUCUUGAUCAUUGAGUGGGAUGAGUGUUGGAACCUUUUCAGAGUCAAACGAUGGGUUUUCUCGGACUUGUACAUUGGACGGAAUUUGGACCACAUACAGGGGUAGCAUACAGCUUUUCCACGCGCUCAAAAUGUGGCACCGGCGGCAAACAAAGCUGAAGCGUCAAAGACGAAGGGUCAGUCCUUGUACGCUACCAACAACUCUCCAGAGUUCUCUUUAGUUCUGCAUGGGACGAGAUGGCGGGACCACGAACGAGGACCGCGACGGGACCAAGAAACAGGACCAGACCAGGAAUGUGCGUAAUAUAUACGCGGUGGUGGGACCAAGAACGAGGACCACAACGGGAGGGAAUGUGAAUGGAUCCCAGGGAGUCCAGAACCAGGACCAGAACCAGGACCAGAACCAGGAAUGGGCGUAUAUAUACACGGUGGGACCAAGAAUGAGUACCACGAUGGGACCACGAUGGGACCAAGAAACAGGACCAGAACCAGGACCAGCACCAGGACCAGCACCAGGAAUGGGCGUAUAUAUACACGGUGGGACCAAGAAUGAGUACCGUGAUGGGACCACGAUGGGACCAAGAAACAGGACCAGAACCAGGACCAGAACAAGGAAUGGACGAAUGAGUACCGUGAUGGGACCACGAUGGGACCAAGAAACAGGACCAGAACCAGGACCAGAACAAGGAAUGGACGUAUAUAUACACGAUGGGACCAAGAACGAGGACCCCACGGGACCAAGGAACAGGACCAGAACCGGGAAUUUACGUAUUGUUGUCCUCUUCUCCCUCUCUGCCUACGGUUUACCGAGCAUAUAUAUAUAUAUAUAUAUAUAUACAUAGAAAUAUAGAUGUAGAUAUGUAUAGGACCAGGAGGUAGAUGGAGAGGCAAUCUGGUUGUCAGCAGGGGCUCGACCGACCGACCUUUAUGUCCGGACUCGACAAACAUUGUGGAGUACAGGACUCCCUGGGAUCCAUUCACAUUCCCUCCAGGUGAUGAUGGCGGCAGCAAAGAAGCAACGGCUGCAGAGAAGAGUUGGCUUUUGCACGCUUACACUAUGGCACUAGGCCUUCUCGUGAGCCAUGCGGCACCAGGGGCCGACCAAGGCGGCUUGCCGGUGUUGCUGUGUGAAUUGUGUGAAUGGAAGAAUGCCUGUGUGAACACAUUCGAGAGCAGGUCAUGCAGAGAGUGCACCCCUACGCUCCAUUAUCGCUGAGAAUGGAAUCCAUAAGUCUAGAGCUGGCGAUGCUGUGCUUUACGGUAUUUUGGAGAAAAAUAUAAAUUAGAUAGCGUAUGAGACAGACGACCUCGAGCAAUGAGGAGGAGGAGGAGGAGGAGGAGGAGGAGGAGGAGGAGCGCAUAGAUCACGUGGAAAGAAAGAUCGAACGAGUAAAAUACAUUGGUUUCC